UCGUAGCAGAAAAAAAAGAAAGCACUACAACAGCGUCUUGUUUGGGGAGCGGGACGCUGCUUCUUUUGGCAACACUUCGAAUGAUCCCAAGAGCACAAGCAAAAGUUGCCGAACUAACUUUGCAGGACAGAACAUUGGGACGUAUGACAUCAUGGUGGCUGUUUUUCGAGGUGAUCGAUGGAGAGCAGCAAGGAAGUGAGCUUUAAAGACAAGAGCUGAAAGUGCUGGCAUCUCAGCAGGUCUAAUGGCGAGUGAGGGUUCUUUUUUAGCCGCGGUAUAAGAGGAAUAAUGGGAGACAUUAAAAGCGGAGGAAUCGUGGCAGCUGCAAAGAACCGUCUGCAGGUGGUUCGAGGUUUGGAGGAUGUUGAAGUGGAGGAAUGUGAGAGCUGCUCGUUCGAGGUGACGCUGAACUUGGCCUACAUUGAUGGCGUGUGGGCCCGGGAUGGGGUCCAGCUGAAGUCCAGGCCCAACUAUCACAUCAGUGCGCAUGGAAAGAAACACGCCCUGAUAUUGAACAGAGUGGCCUUGAAGGACGCCGGCGUGAUCUCCUUUCAGGCCAACGACAUUCAAACCUCCGGUCGCCUCAGUGUCAGAGCGAGGGACAUCCGUGUCCUUAAAGAGCUGGAGGAUGUGGACAUCUUGGAACGUCAAUCUAUCAGCUUCCUGUGUGAGGUCAACCAGCCAGAUGUGGAGGGUCGCUGGUACCGGGACGACUGCAGGAUCAGACCUGGAGACAAUAUCCGGAUCAGACAUCAGGGGAAAACUCACACCCUGUCCUUCAGGUCAGUCCGACCAGAACACGCCGGAGAGAUCAGAUUCACAGCAGAGCGAGUCUCAUCUUAUGCUACGCUCACAGUUAGAGAGCUGCCAGUCCAGAUAAUCCGUCCUCUGCGGGUGAAGAUAGCCAUGUAUCACCACCGUGGUCUGCUGGAGUGCCAGCUUUCUCGAGCAAACGCUCAGGUCAGGUGGUACAAAAACAGGAGGGAGCUCCUGUCCAGCAAGAAGUACCAGCUGAUCAGUCAGGACGUCUACAGGCAGCUGACCAUCGAUGACGUCUGCUCCUCAGAUGAGGACACUUAUACCUGUGAUGCAGGAGAUGACAAGACCUCCUGUCAGCUUCUGGUGGAAGAACAGGCGAUCACUAUUGUUAAAGGAAUGAGCCCAGUGGAGGUUAUGGAGCCAGAACCAGCCCUUUUCCAGGUGGAGACCAGCCUGAAAUCCGGGAGAGCUCCAAGGUGGACCUUGAAUGGUGAAGUUCUGGAGGCCAGUCCAGCAGUAAACAUCUACAGGGAGGGCACCGUCCACAGCCUCUGUCUGACCUCCACAGACAGCUCCAUGUCUGGCCCUGUCGUGUUUGUGGCUGGCAAGAGUCGCUCUACUGCUCAACUUACUGUGAAAGAGCGACCUCUUGAGGUUGCACACCAUCUAGAAGAUGUGGAGGUGAAGGAGAACAGCUCUGUGACUCUGAGAUGUGCGUUCGCGCCCUCUCCCCGAGUGGUUCGCUGGUUCAAAGGUCGCACCGCUCUGAAGCCCUCAAACAAGUACAGCAUGAAGCGAGAGGGGAAGCGGGCAGAGUUGACAAUUCACGGUCUCAUUGGGAUGGAUGCUGGACAGUACCGCUGUAUGGCCGGGGGCUCACAGACCACUGGACAUGUCAAGGUACAAGUAAAAACACUGAAGUUUGUCCGACAUCUUGAGCCAGUUGAGAUUGAGGAGGAUGGUGUCGCUAAAUUUUCCUGCGAGCUCAACUAUGUGGUCGCCAACGUGGAGUGGCUGCUGAACAGUGUGCGAAUAUACUCUAGUGCCAUCAACAAAAUCCAGCUCAUGGGCACUAUGCACAGUCUUACCAUGAAGAAGCUGCGACCACAGACCAGCAGGAUCACCUUUAAAGCGGGUCUUCUGAGCGAGACAACAUGUAUAAAGGUCAAAGAGCGCCCCGCGGUGUUCCUGAAGCCUCUGGAGGACGUGUCAGGGGAGGAACAAGGCGAGGUCUGCCUGCAGUGUGAAGCCUCCAAAGAGUCUGUCGCUCCUGUUUGGAGGAAGGGCGGCGAGGUCCUGGUGGCUGAUGAUAAACAUGAGAUGUGCCAGUUUGGGAAGUGCAUGGCGCUGAUUCUCCAUGCACUGACCAAGGAUGACGCUGGGCAUUACACCUGCGACCUGGGAACCAGUCAGACCAAGGCCAAGGUGUCGGUCCACGAUCUUCGCAUAAGCAUCGUCCAUCGCUUGAAGACCACCACUGUCCUCGAAGGAGAGACGUGCUAUUUUGAGUGUCUUGUCUCCCACGACAUGAGUGAAGGACCCUCUUGGACCAUCAACGGUCAGAUUGUGGAUCUCAACAGUCGCAUCCAAGUGGUCAACAACGGGCGCAAAUACAAACUCAGCAUUAAGGAGGCUACACUUUCCGAUGCCGGUGAAGUGGUCUUCUCAAUUAAAGACCUCAGCUGCAGGACCAUGCUUUUUGUGAAAGAGCGGCCAGUGCAUAUCUUCAGAGACCUGCUGAAUGUCAAAGCUGUACCUGGUGAAGAUGCGGAGCUCAGCUGUGAGAUCACCAAACCCGAGGUCACGAUCCACUGGCUGAGAAACGGCCGUCUACUCAGGCAGAGCCCAAAGUUUGUGAUGAGUGUGGAGAAGAACUUGGCCCGGCUGGUGGUCAAGAACACGACAGUCAGAGACUCUGGGGAGUACUGCUGCGAGGCUGCCGGCGUUGCCACCCGCGCCAAGCUGGAAGUCAGAGAGCUUCAGCACACGUUCGCUCGGGAUCUGAAGGAGACGCAAGCGGAGGAGAAGAGCAAAGUGACGCUGGAAUGUGAGACACGACUGCCUGCCAAGAAGGUCACGUGGCUGAAGGGAAUGAUGGAGCUGAGGUCAGGACGGAAGUAUGUGAUAAGGCAGAAGGGCGUGGUUCUGUCGCUGACCAUCGCCUGUCUGGAGAAGUCAGACCAGGAUGUUUACACGUGUGAUGUGGGAACCAUGCAGAGCAGAGCACAGCUGACUGUUAGGGGCCAGAAGGUGUUGAUCUUGGAUGAGCUCGAGGACGUCGAGUGCCUGGAGGGCGACACCGUCACGUUCCGGUGUCGCAUCUGUCCGAGCGACUACACAGGCGUCAAGUGGUACCUGGAUGAGACCCUGCUUUACACCAACCAGCUCAAUGAAAUUCAAAUGGUGGCAGGGGGCUACCACACCCUCAUGUUCCGGCAGCUUGCCCGCAAAGACACCGGCACCAUCUCCUUUGCAGCAGGAGACAAACGCUCGUAUGCCUCGCUGCUGGUCAGAGAAAGACGUCCGACCAUCUGUAAACCACUGGAGGACUGUGAGGCCAUAGAGGGCGGAGGUCUGGUUCUGUCCUGCGAGACCUCCAAGCCGUGUCACAUCCUUUGGUACAAAGAUGGCUGCCUCAUGUGGCACUCUUCGCGGUACUUUGCCUCUCGCUCCGGCUGUGAAGCCCGUCUCACCAUCCGGGAAGUGUCAAGUGGUGAUGCAGGAGUGUACGAGUGCAGCGCUGGGUCUGUGACAACAAGAGCCGUUGUCACUGUCAAAGCCAUCCCUGCCGAGUUCAUCCAACCUCUGAAGCCUCUUGAGGCCAAUGAAGGUGAAACAGCAACGCUGACUUGUGAGUUCUCUUUGCCGGGCGUCGUCAUCCAUUGGAAGAGAGGUCGAGAGAGCCUCAGGCAGGGAGAGAAGUACGUGAUCAAACAGAAGAAGACGGUCAACUCUCUCACCAUCAGAUACCUGAAACCAGAGGAUUCCGGAGAGUACAGCUGUCAGUGUCGCGAGCAUUGCACAUCCGCUAGCCUUAAGGUUCAAGCUGUUCCAAUAACAUUCAAGCAGCAGUUGAAGAACAUCCUGGCCGAGGAAGGCAGCAGUGUCAUCCUUCGGUGUGAACUUUCCAAACCUGGAUUUCCAGUAGAGUGGAGGAAGGGGAACGAGCUUCUCCGGAAUGGGGUUAAAUACCAGAUCAGGAAAAUGGAGACUACUAUGGAGCUGCUGAUAUGGAAGCCUGUGCCUGGGGACAGCGGCAUCUACUGCUGCGCGUGUGCGGAUCAAAUCACAUCUGCAAUUGUCAAAAUCACCAGUCUUCCAGUCACAUUCAAACAGAAACUGAGGAACAUCACGAUGGAGGAGGGUAACACUGCGACACUCCGCUGUGAGGUGUCCAAGUCAAGCCAGGCUGUGGAGUGGAGGAAGAGGGGGAAUGAACUCAUCCACAAUGGAGACAAGUAUCAGAUGCGGCAGAGAGAAACCCUGAUCGAAUUGAGGAUUUUAGAUGUGACGCCGGAAGACAGCGACAUCUACACCUGCAUCUGUGGAGGCUUAGAGACCACUGCGACUCUCACCGUCAACGCCAUCCCCAUCAACUUCAAGCAAAAGCUGAAGAACAUUCAGAUCGAGGAAGGAAACCACGUCACACUCAGCUGUGAGAUCUCCAAGGCUGGAGUCCCUGUAGAGUGGAGACUGGCUGGUUAUUUACUGGAGAACGGAGACAAGUACCUGGUCAGACAGAGGGGGACAGUCCUGGAGCUGACCAUCAGAGACACUGAGCCAGAGGACAGUGGAGUUUACACCUGUGUGUGCCGAGAGCAGAAGACCAAGGCCACGGUUAAAAUCAUAGCAAUUCCUGCCAAGUUCAAAGUUGGCUUAAAGAACCAGGAGGUUGAGGAAGGAAAAAUGCUGACGUUACAAUGCGAGCUGUCAAAAGGAGGCGCUGUGCUGCAGUGGCAGAGGGAUGGGCAGCUGCUGUCUGAGGAGAUUUCUUCAGAAAAGUACCAGAUCAAGCUUGAGGGCAAGACAGCUCGGAUGAUCAUCCGGAACCUCCAACCAGAGGAUGCAGGAAGGUACAGCUGCAUCAUGGGAGACGAAAAAACGACAGCUGAGGUCAAAGUCAAACCUCUUCCAGUCACAUUUAAGCGGGGACUCCAGUCUCUGGUCAUAAAAGAAGGGAACAGCGGAGUGUUCUGCUGUGAGCUUUCCAAACCCGGCUCUCCUGUGACGUGGCUGAGAGGCAGAAGCCUCCUGAAGCCUGGAGGCAGAUAUGAGCUGAAACAAGAGGGGCCUUACACCAAGCUGGUGAUCCACAACAUAGAGGAGGGCGACGCAGGGAAGUACACCUGCAAGACCACCGACAGCCAGUCGACGGCUGAGCUCACGGUGCAAGAGUCAGCAGAGCGCAAGAGGGAAAGAGGUUUACCCCCCAGUUUCAAGUUGCCGCUGGUUAACCAGGAGGUGAUGGAAGGAAGCAGUGUGUUUCUCCACUGUGAGCUCAGUAAGCCUGCUCCAGCAGUGGAGUGGAGAAGAGGGGCGGCGCUGCUGAGGACCGGAGACAAGUACCAGAUGAGGAAAAAGGAACUGCAGGUGGAGAUGAAGAUUGUGGAUGCUACUUUAGAAGAUGCUGGAGAGUACACCUGCGUUUGUGGCGACCAGAAGACCACAGCAAUGGUCAUGGUGAACGAGCAACCAAUCAAAUUUGUCCAAGGGCUGAAGAACAUCCAGGUACGGGAGGGAAAUGGAGUGACUCUCUGCUGCGAGCUUUCCAAGCCAGGGUUUAUAGUGCAGUGGAUGAAGGGAGAGCGAGAGUUGACCAACGGCGAGAAGUACCAGAUGAAGCAGAGCGGCUCCACUGUGGAGCUUCUCAUUAGGAAAAGCCAGCCUGAGGACAGUGGCAUUUACAGCUGCGUUUGUGAAGAUGUGAAAACCUCUGCCACCAUCAUCAUCUCUGGCAUUCCAGUAACAUUUAAGCAAAAGCUCAAGAACAUGGAAGCAGUGGAGGAAGGAACCAUGACGCUGCACUGUGAGCUUUCCAAACCAGGAGUCCCAGUCCAGUGGAGGAAAGAUGCCCAACUCCUGAAGGAGGGAGGACGAUAUCAGAUGAAGCAGGAGGCCAGAGUUUGUGAGAUGUUGAUCAAGGAUCUGACUCUGAAGGACGCUGGGGAGUACAGCUGCUUUGUUGGUCCCGUUGAAACAUCUGCAGACGUCAAGAUAAGAGACCUGCCUGUAACGUUCAAACAAGAGGUCAACAAUUUGGAGGUGAAGGAGGGCGAUUCUGGAGUCUUCACCUGUGAGCUCUCCAAACCUGGAGCUGCGGUGGACUGGAGGAAAGGAAGAGUCGUCUUGAAGCCCGGCUAUAAAUACGAGAUGAAGCAGGACGCGCACCAGGCGCGACUCAUCAUCAAUAAUGUGGAGGAGAAUGAUGCUGGAAAGUACACCUGCAAGACGAAGGACAGCCAGUCCACAGCUGAGCUGAGCGUCAGAACUUCUCCUAUCACCUUUAAGACCAAGCUAAGAAACCAGCAGGUGGAGGAGGAAAACACUGUGACGUUGAGCUGUGAGCUGUCGAAGCCGGGCCUGAGUGUUGAGUGGAGGAAAGGCGAGGAAGUGCUGAAGAAUAAUUUCAAGUAUCAAAUCAAAAGUCGAAGUGGCAUUCUGGAGUUGAUCAUCAAGAACUGCCAGGUGGAGGACAGCGGAGCUUACAGCUGCGUCCAUGGCGACAUAAAGACUACGGCUAUUGUCGCCGUGAACCCGAUUCCCCUGUCAUUCAAAAUGGGUUUGAAGAACCAGGAGGCCCCUGAAGGAGGCAAUGUGAUUCUGCGCUGCGAGCUGUCCAGAGACGGGCUGCCUGUGGAGUGGUGGAAGGGGGAGGACCUGCUCCAUCAUGGAGGACGGUAUCGGAUGACGCUGAGAGGAAAGACGGCUGAGAUGCAGAUUAAAAACAUCCAGCCUGAGGAUGUGGGAGAGUACAGCUGUGUUUUCGGCGAGCAGAAGACAGCAGCUGAAGUCAACGUGCGAGCCGCAGCAUCUGUGUUCAUUGAGAAGGAGCUGGAGAGUCAGGCGGUGAUGGAGGGGAAGCCAGUGCUGUUCUCCUGUGAAUUCUCAAGUGCCAACGUGCCUGUCACAUGGAAAAAGGACAACGUUGCCAUAGAGGACGGCGGUCACUACAUUCUAAAGAAGAACGGCCCUCAACAUUCCUUGGAAAUCCAAAAGUUGCUUCCUGAGGACGCUGGGGAGUACUGCUGCAUCACCAGGGGCAAAAAGACCACCGCCAAGCUGAUCGUGAGGGAACGAGUGCGGAUCGUGAAGGCGCUGCAGGACAUCACGGUGACGGCAGGAGAGGAUGCCGUGUUCGUGUGUGAGCUGAGCCAUGCAGACGUCCGUGAUGGAGUGUGGUGGUUGGGCUCCACCCCGCUGCAACAGAACGAGAUGAACCAGAUGAUGUGCCACGGCCGGCAGCACCGCCUGGUCCUCACCAUGGCAACUCCGGAUGAGACAGGGACGGUGGCCUUCGUGGUCGGGGAGGAGAGGACGUCCGCCAGCCUGCUGGUGACUGCUAAACCCAAAGUCUUAUUCGAGAAAAAGCCUCAAGAUGUCACGACAAUGGAAGGAGAAACAGCCAAGUUGACUUGCACCAUCUCUGAUUGCCACUCGCGUGUAACCUGGAUACGCAAUCACAUCCCUCUUAGCAGCGGGGAUAAGUACGAGAUGCUGAAGGAGGGAAGGAACAACAUGCUGCUUAUACGUGAUGUGGAUCCUCUGGAUACAGGCGUUUACUUUUGCAACACAGGGGACGAGCAAAGCAGCGCGAAGCUCACCGUGACAGAACUGCCUCCAUUCUUCCAUGAGGAGCUCCAAGACGUGGAGACAGAGGAGGGAGGUUCGGCCUCACUCUUCUGUGAGCUGUCUAAACUGGGUGUACCCAUUCAAUGGAAGAAAAACAAUCUCCCAUUGAGAGCCAGCAGGAAGUAUGAGAUGAAACAAGAUGGCUGCUUCUUGCAGCUCCACAUCAAGGAGCUCAAACUGGACGAUAGUGGCGUCUACUCCUGUCAAGCUGGAAGUGCUGAGACGAGUGCAACUGUCAAGGUCAAAGAACUCCCUGCCUUCUUCAAAAAAGAAUUGAGAAACGUGAAUGGUGAGGAAGGAGGAACGCUCUCCCUCCAGUGUGAGCUGUCCAAGAGCGGCGCAGCAGUGCAGUGGAAGAAGAAUCGGCUGCCUCUCAGAGCCGGCGCUGGUUGUGAGAUGAAGCAGGAGGGCUGCUUCCUCACGCUCAUUAUCAGACAUCUCAAAAGUGAGGACUGCGGCCGCUACUCCUGUCAGGUGGGAAGAGCUGAAACAUGUGCCACCGUGACUGUGACAGAGCGUCCACCAUUUUUCAUCGCCGAGCUCCAGAAUUCACAGGCGGAUGAGGGGAGCUCAGCUCACCUACGCUGUGAGCUCUCCAAACCAGGGGUUGCUGUGCAGUGGAAGAAGAACAGGCUGCCGCUGAGGGCCAGUCAAAAGUAUGAUGUGAAACAAGAGGGCGCUCGUGUUGAGCUUCACAUCAGAGACCUUUCACUUGAGGAUGGUGGGAGCUACACAUGUCAGGCAGAGGGAGCCGGGACGACUGCACGUCUGACUGUUACAGAACUUCCUGUGUUCUUCAAGACCAACCUGGAAAACACAAAGGCUGAAGAGGGAAGUACAGUCUGUCUGUGUUGUGAACUGUCCAAGCCUGGGCUAACAGUUGAGUGGAGGAAGAACAAACUGCUUCUGAGAGCCAACAUGAAGUAUGAGAUGAAGCAGGAAGGAUGCAUCGCACAACUGCUCAUGAAGGACCUGAAUGUGGACGACAGUGGACGGUACUCAUGCCGAGCUGAGGAUGCAGAGACUGAUGCAGCAGUGACUGUUACAGAAGUCCCACCAUUCUUCAAGCAACAGCUUCAAAACAUGAUGUUUGUGGAAGGAUCGUCGGUCACACUGUGUUGUGAGAUAUCCAAACCUGAAGUGUCAGUGCAGUGGAAGAAAAACAAGCUUCCUCUGAGGGCGGGGAGGAAGUAUGAGAUGAUCCAGGACGGUCACAGUCUGCGGCUUCAUAUGAAGGAGAUCGCUGUUGAGGACGGCGGCGAAUACACGUGUCAAGCAGGGAGUGUGAAGACGACUGCAACUGUAUCAGUGAAAGAGCUCCCACCUUUCUUCAAGAGCGAAUUGGAAAGUGUUGAGUGUCAGGAGGGCGAGUCCCUCGCUCUUAAAUGUGAGUUAUCCAAGCCUGGAGUUGCAGUACAGUGGAAGAAGAACAGGUUGCCACUGAGAGCCAGCAGGAACUGUGAGAUGAAGCAAGAUGGCUGCUCUGUCCAACUUCUCAUCAAGGAGCUCAAACUGGAAGACAGCGGAAGCUACAUUUGUCAGGCAGGAAGGGUGGAGACAAGCGCCAGAGUCACAGUGAAAGAAAUCCCUCUGUACUUCAAAGAAGACUUGGAGGAAGUGGAGGCUGAAGAAGGGGACACAGUGUUGCUGUGCUGUGAGUUGUCAAAGGCAGGUGUCUCUCCUCAGUGGAGGAAGGAUGGACUGCCGCUGAGAGCUGGGCCCAAGUAUGAAAUGAAGCAAGAUGGUGGUUUCAUAAAGCUUCAUAUUAAGCAUGUCAAACCUGAAGACGGUGGGAGCUACACUUGUGAAGCAGGCAGUGUCAAGACUGUUACGACGGUUGCUGUGAAAGAGCCACCAGUAUUCUUCCAGAUAGAAUUAGAAAGUCUGAAGAUGAAGGAAGGAGGCGUGGCCUCUUUGUGUUGUGAGAUCUCAAAACCCGGCUUGCUUGUCCAGUGGAAGAAGAACCAGGUACCUCUGAGAGCCAACAGGAAGUAUGACAUCAAGCAAGAUGGCUGCCUUCUACAGCUCCUCAUCAAGGAUCUCCAAGUUGAGGACAGCGGAAGUUACACAUGCCAAGUACAAAAUGCAGAAACGACUGCGACUUUGACGGUGAAAGAGAUGCCUGUAUUCUUUAAGAACAACCUAAAAAAUAUGGAAGCUGAAGAGAAAAGCACAGCCACUCUGUGUUGUGAGCUGUCCAGACCUGGAGCCGCUGUGCAGUGGAAGAAGAACAACCUGUCUCUGAGAGCCAACAGGAAGUAUGAGAUGAAGCAGGAGGGCUGCAGGGUCCAGCUUCUGAUCAAGGAUCUGAAUGUGGAGGACAGUGGGAGUUACUCUUGCCAUACAGGAAGUGCAGAAACUGGUGCCACUUUGACUGUUACAGAGCUCCCAACGUUCUUCAAGAAAAAUCUAGAAAACAAGGUGGUUCAAGAAGGAGAAUCUGCUUCUCUGCUGUGUGAAGUGUCCAAAUCAGGCAUCCCAGUGCAGUGGAAGAAGAACAUGAUGCCUCUGAGGGCAAACAGGAAGUACGAGAUGACGCAGGACGGUUGUUCACUUCAGCUCACAAUCAAAGAGCUCAGUCCACAGGACAGUGGGAAGUACGCAUGCCAAGCAGGUGCUGUAGAGACAAGUGCAACUGUGACAGUGAAAGAGUUGCCGCCGAUCUUUAAGAAAGAGUUACAUGACAUGAAGGCGAAGGAGGAAGAGUCCAUUUCACUGUGCUGUGAGCUGUCCAAACCUGGGGUGACAGUGCAGUGGAAGAAGAACAACGUGCCUCUGAGAGCCAACAAGAAGUAUGAAAUGAAACAGGACGGCUGCUCACUUCAGCUGACGAUCAGAGAGCUCAGUCCUCAGGACAGCGGGAGUUACUCCUGCCAGGCUGGAACUGUAGAGACACGGUCCAAUGUGACCGUUACAGAACUCCCCCCUUUUUUCAUGAAAGAAUUAGAAAGUGUGGAGGCUCAAGAAGGAAAGUGGAUCUCGCUGUGCUGUCAACUAUCCAAACCUGUGGUACCAGUGCAGUGGAAGAAGAACAGCGUCCUCCUGAGAGCCAACAGGAAGUAUGAAAUGAAACAAGACGGUUGUUUGCUUCAGCUGACGAUCAGAGAGCUCAGUCCUCAGGACAGUGGGAGUUACUCCUGCCAGGCUGGAACUGUAGAGACACGGGCCAAUGUGACAAUCAGAGAGCUCCCGCCUCUAUUCACAAAAGAAUUAGAAAGCCAAGAGGCUGAAGAAGGAGAGUCAGUCUCGCUGUGCUGCGAGCUCUCCAAACCUGGCUUUCCAGUGCAGUGGAAGAGGGGUAACGUGCUCCUCAGAGCCAACAGGGAGUACGAAAUGAAACACGAUGGCUGUGCUGUUAGUCUUCGAAUCAAGGAGCUUGCACUGGAGGACAGUGGAGAAUUCUCUUGUCAAGCAGGCGCAGCCAGAACUGGGGCGACACUCACUGUCAAAGAACGAGCACACUUCACCAGAGCGCUACAAAACACAGAGGCCGAGGAGGGUGGCACCGUGGUCCUCGCCUGUGAGUUCUCCAAACCAGGGGUGCAGGUUCAAUGGAAGAAGAACAAUUUGGCGCUGAGGGCGAACAGAAAGUAUGAGAUGAAGCAAGUUGAUGGAGCUCUCCAGCUACACAUUAAGGAUCUCAUUGUUGAUGACAAUGGCAGCUACACCUGCCAAGCAGGCGGUGCAGAAACGACUGCCAGUGUCUCUGUUAAAGCACUACCAAAAGUAGAAGCCCCAACGAUUCUUCCGAGGUCAAGGGGAUCUAUUUCAAAAGCAUCUCCAGGCCAAGAGGAGCCCCCUGUUGUUCCACCUGUUCCACCAGAGCCUAAAAAGCGGACGAUGAGAAAAGCUUCUAUGACCCCCUCAGAAAACGACAUAGAAACCAUGUUGGACAUCAUGCUGCCCAAACCAUCGCUGGGAAAAGAAGAAUCGCUGAUCAAAUCUGAGAGAUUGGAGAAAUGUUUGGACGACAGUAGGAAACUACCUCAGAGGGACGUGACUGAAGCCAGUGAAGGUCAGAAGGACGUGGAGAUAGCUGCCAUUAAAGAAGACAAGUCUCAAGUAGAGAUGGAGAAGAGAACACCUGAUAAGAACCUGGGGUUUGUUAAGGUCGACCAACAAGUAAGUCCUCAUCUGCACCUUCACACCAAAGGAGACGAAGAUGCAAAACAAACGUCUCCUGAAAAUAUACUUGAAGUGAGGGACGAUGGUCCAGAAUCAUGGUGGAGGAAAAGCAAAGAGGAAAAACAGGAUGUGAAACCAAAAACAGAUUUGAAUAUGACUGAUACAAUCAAACAAGAGAAAGCUCUUUCUUACCUGAAAGAAGGUGAAGAAAGCGAAAACUCUGAAGUAGAUUCAGUAAAACCACCUUCAAGGUCGAAAGGGAAGGUAACCACAGGAGUUAAGGAACCAGUGAAACAAACUGAAAUGGUAAUCACAGACAUUCAUCUUCAACUAGAGAGGCCUAGCGAAACAAUAAGUUCAGACACCGACCAAAAACAGAGGAGUUAUGUGAAACAAGUCUUCAGCGAGGAGAAGCCAGAACAACCACCACCGACUGUGGUGGAAGAGCAACCGAAACAGUCUGACUUUGUCCCUCCUAAGCCUCCUACAAGAGUGAAGAGUAAACCCAAGGCGGGAGCCCAGAAACGACUGUCACAGGACAGUGAGACCGACCUAGAGGAGCAGAUCACUGCACCAGUGUUGGUAAAAGCUGACGAUCAUUCAGUCAAAUAUCUAGUGAGCUCACAGAAAAAAGAAAUGGCUGAUGAAACGGCACAUGUGGAAUAUGAGAAGGUGAGUGAGAAUAAUCUGGGUGUGAAGGAGCUCGAAGUCAAGAAGCCUGUCAAACAACCAGUUAAACCACUGACAAAAGACCCAGAGGUAGAUGGAGCAUUGAAACUAGUGGUUGAACCAGUCAGAAGAACGGAGAUACAACCGUUACCACAUGACAAAGACAUUCCUCUUCUAUACAUCUCUGAGGAUGAAACCUUUUCAGAGGCUUUGUCAGAAAUCCCAGAUAACCACGUCCAGCGGAGAGAGAUGGUCGAUGAUAGGACACCUGAGUUCCAGAUGGAAGAUGAACCUGAGAUGCAAGAUGCUGCGGUUAAGAUCCAGGCUGCCUUCAAAGGUUACAAAACCCGCAAAGACAUGCGACCCGUCUUCAAGGAGGUCUUUAAGAACCAGAGUGUUGAGGUUGACGGUAGCAUCAGUUUGGUUUGCACAGUGGACGGCAGCCCCACCAGUGUGCGCUGGCUGAAGAACGGACACCAAAUAACUUGUGAUUCAAGAUGUCACAUGGAGACUACAGAGGAUGGCUUGUGCAAACUGGUGAUCACCAAAGUGAACAGCAGUGACGGUGGCAUCUAUACAUGUGAGGCUUUGAAUAAAUUUGGCGUCACCUCCUACAAUGCAAAUGUAAAAGUAGUGCAGCCUGCGGAGGUGGCCCAGAAGCACCUGCACCCACCUCUGGCUACCAUCACCCCUCUGCAGCUGGCACCCCAGACCCACCCAGACAGUGAGCCUCUCCAGCAGAGUCAGGUUUCUACACUGACUCCCGAUGCUGAUAACUAUGUUGAAAGUGUGAGUGUGUCGUGGUGGGAGGCUUAUAAUCUGACCGAGGCGGACGCUCAGAUGAGUCUGGAUGACAGAAGAAGAGCUUCACUGGUCGCCUCCAGCUCUGCGUCAAGUCCUUCUGACUAUGAUACAGCUCCAGAUAUGAUUGAGUCCAAUGAAAGCAGUCCUGCUAUGAUGAGAGUGGCACCCAAAGAGACACCCAAAGAACAGGUAGCAAAAAUACAAACUAUGCCUCCAAAAGAUGAGGGUCUUGCUCCUCCUCCAGCACCUGAUCGAGAUCUUUUGGCUGUCAAAGAGCCCCAUGAUGCCCGACUGAAAACACCAUCUCCCAAGCAUCCACGUGCCCACACACCUCUCACUAGUACUGUGUCCGGAUCUGAGUCAGACGGAGAAGAGAACCAGCGAGAGAACUUUGAGAUCUUCGUGGCUCGAGCAGAUUGUAACCCCAACAGUGGAAACAAGGACAGUUUCGUUCUGAAGGAGGGCCAGUAUGUGGAGGUCCUGGACUCUGUUCACCCUGACAGUUGGCUCAUCCGGACCAAACCCACUAAAACCAGCCUUGCUCGCCAGGGUUGGGUGUGUCCUGCUUACCUUGAGAAGAAGAGAAAGGAGAUCUUCACCCAAAUAAGACCAACUCAAGAGGAUAUAGACGGCAUUGGUUCCACGAGAGAAGAGUACAGAAAAGUGCUGAGUCAACUGAUCCAAGGUCUAAUUGAUGGAGAAGAGGAGUUUGUGGACGAGAUGAAAGACUUCUCCUCUCACCAGAUGCGCUCCAUUGACUCGAGCCAGCAAGCUCCAUUGAACAUCUGCAACCAGAAAGACAUCAUUUUCAGGAAUAUUAAGGACAUUAUUCUUCUGCAUGAGCGGUCCAUUCUGCCAAACCUGAAGGAGUGUGUCACAGAUGAUGACGUCGCUGCGCAACUGAUCCAGUACGCCAGUGACUUCGACAAGUAUCUUCAUUACAUGGAGGGGCAAGCUCAUGCGGAGGCCUGCCUGAGCGAAAAGGCAACCCAGGAGUAUUUUCAAGAGUUCACUAAGUCCGGGAGUAUGGACAUCAUCACCUUCCUCCAGAGACCCGUCGAGAGGAUUCAGACUUACCAGACACUUCUUAAGGAGUUGAUCAAGAACAAGGCCAAAAGUGGGCAGACCUGUGCUCUCCUGGAGGACGCCUUCUCUAUAGUGUGUUGUUUACCAUGGAGGUCUGAAAACCUGCACCAGGUCUCACUGAUCGAGAACUAUCCAGCUCCUCUCUCUGCUCUGGGUGAACCUGUGCGACAGGGGCGCUUCACCGUCUGGGAGGACUCGCCAGAAAUAAAGGCGACCUCGAGAGGGCAUCAGAGACAGGUCUUUCUCUUUAAAGAAUGCAUUGUUCUUUGUAAACUGAAGAGAGACACCAACAGGAGCAGCGACUCCUUCGCCUUCAAGAAUAAAAUGAAGCUGAGUGAUGUGGAGUUAAAGGAGAGUCUGGGAGGGGAUGACAAGUCUUGGGGGCUGUGGCAUGAGCACAGGGGGUCAGUACGGAGGUACACACUGCAGGGUCGAUCAUCCCAGGUGAAACUGUCCUGGCUCAAGGACCUGAAGGACUUGAAGCAACGGCUGAGCCUGCUGAGUCACAGCCCUCCGGUGUUUGAGUCAUUGCUGUCGGACUGCACAACAAAAGUAGGUCAGACGAUCAAACUGACCUGCAACGUCAGGGGUUCACCCAAACCUACCGUCAGCUGGCUUAAAGAUGGCCUGCCUCUGGAGGACGACCCUCGCCACAUCAUGUCAGAGGACCGGACCGGCACCUUCUGUCUGAUCUUGGACAGCGUGACAGCGGAGGACUCUGGGCAGUACACUUGUUAUGCCUCCAGUUGUGUGGGCAAGGCUGCCGCUCUGGCUAAGGUGGUUGUACAAGCUCCACCCAGAUUCGUGAGUCGGCUGGAAAGUGCAUGCUUGAUAGAGAAAGAGAAUAUCCAGUUCUCUUGCUCCACAUUCACCACCCCUCUGCCAAGAAUCCGCUGGUUAAAAGAUGGUAAUGAGCUGAUUGACAAGCAGAAAUAUGCCAUUGUGAACGACGCCCGCAGUGGGAUCUUGUCACUGACAGUCAUGAGUGCCACAGAGGACGAUAUUGGCCAGUACGAAUGUGAGCUUUGGAACGAAUUUGGGUGCGUUAAGUGCAAGGCAGGUCUGUGUCCGGCCUAUGUUCCCUCCAUUGAAAUUGAGGAGGACCAGCCACAAGACUUACCAGCCAAAGAUGAAGAAUCGGAGGGGUGGUCUGCGUCGUUUGUGAAGAAGUGGCUACAAACAGAUUUCUCUCCUUCCACUAUCGCCAAGACUAUUGACCCUCUGGAUCAGCAUGAAAAAGCCAAGUGUGCGUCUGAAGAAACUGUUCCUCGCUAUUCAUCCAAGGAUCAACCUCUGUAUUAUAUUGAAGAGGAAGAAGAAGAGAUUUACAUAUCUGACCAACUGCAAGAGAUAACAGAUGCACCACCCUCCAUCCAGAUCCCAAUUGAUGACGCGCUGGUGGAGCCUGGUCAGUCAGCUACAUUCACUGCCAUCAUCACUGGGAGGCCUAUUCCUAGUGUGCAGUGGUACAAGGAUGGAGAGCAACUGGUCGCAAAUGAGAACGUGGAAAUCGCUCAGCAUGGCGCCCGUUCCUCGCUAACCAUUGUGCGCCCUGAGGUCGAGGACAGCGGCAUCUACACCUGCUUCUCCUUCAACACAUCUGGACAUGCCUCCUGCCAGGCUCAGCUCACUGUGGAGGAAGGUCCAAUGGAAUUUCAGGAGAGAGAAGUGGAACUGGGGAAGAGGAGAAAGCUUUUUUCUGUUUAUGAUGUUCACGAGGAAGUUGGCCGAGGAACGUUUGGGGUUGUGAAACGGGUAGUCCACAGACGAACAGGGGAAAUUUUUGCUGCCAAAUUUCUCCCACUGAGAAGCAGCACCCGUACCAGAGCAUUCCAGGAAAGAGACCUGUUGUCCCGCCUGGCUCACCCGAGAGUGUCCUGCCUGCUGGACUUCUUCUGCACCAGACGGACUCUUGUGCUCAUCACUGAAAUCUGCUGCUCUCAUGGACUUGUCGACCAUCUGUUACUGAGAGGAUCAGCGUCAGAGAAGGAGAUUCAGUCCUUUAUCCAACAAAUCCUGGAGGGGCUCGGCCACAUUCACAGCAUGAACAUCAUGCAUUUGGACCUUAAACCGGAGAACAUUCUGAUGGUGUAUCCACCCAGAGAUGAGAUCAAGAUCUGUGACUUUGGCUUCUGCCAGGAAAUAGACACUUCCAGACACCAGUACAGUAUGUUUGGAACGCCUGAGUUCGUGGCUCCUGAAAUUGUUCACCUCGAGCCAGUCACCGUGGCGACAGACAUUUGGGCUGUCGGUGUGAUCGCAUUUCUGUGCCUUGUUUGCCGAUGUCCCUUCGUGGGUGAGACGGACCGCGCCACUUUGCUCAGAGUGGGUGAAGGGUCUGUGAACUGGGGGGCGCCAGACAUCAUUCACAGAAGCCCUGAAGCCCAGAACCUCCUCCACAUGCUCCUUCAGCCAGACCCAGAAAAGCGACCGUCUGCUUUCGAGUGUUUGAGCCAUGAGUGGAUUCAGGACGAACACGCUGGCGAGGACACUGAUGAAAUUAACACGAAAGCUCUGAAGACAUUUAUCAGCAAAAGAAAGUGGCAGCGUUCUCUAACCUCCGUUGGGUCAGUUCUGACGCUGCGGCCCAUUCCUGAGCUCCUGGAUGCCCCCCUGAGAGAGACGGCGGUGACGGUGCCACGUGAGCCGCAGGAGCACAGCAGCAGCUCCCUGAGCAGUGGCUCCUCCUCCGAGUAUGAUGAGGCCGACUCGUGGAACUUCUUUCAACAGUGCAGUCAAACUGAGGAGGAGGACGAGACGGAGGAAGACUACGACCCUGUGAUGGAGAGAGCACAGAUCCCAGAACCCUUUUCCGGUGUCCACUUGCAGGACGAAGAGGAUGCCACAUUAUGGGGGGAGGAAGAAGCAGAAAUGGAGGAAAGGAAAAGUGUAAUAGAGCGGAGUGUAAGCCGACAGUCGGCAACUUCGUCUGAGGUCUCGUACCAGCACACUCCUCAGAGGGAGAGGAGAUUUAGCAAGGACAGUAGUCCGUGCCUCUAUAUGUCUGAUGGCGAUGAAGGCUCAGGCAGCGACAGUGGGCGAAUCCCUCGGGGAAGCGUCAUCCGAAGCACUUUCUAUAACACCUCUCAGCAGCUCUCGCCAAUGUCUGCCAGGCACAUGACACUGAGGGACAAAUUCCAGGCCAAAAAGCAGGAGCGAGGUCGCAAGCCGCUCCGCAGAAGCCUCUCAGGUCGUCUUAGUGAACCCCUUAUUGAAUACGUGGAAGAUGAGACGGAGACAAACCGCAGUCAAAGACGAGGAUCCGUCCACACUGCGAUGCAGAAGUCUUGCUCCUUUGACAGUGGCGUGGGUCUGGUUCACGCCAAUGCCCCUCCUCACAGGAGGAGCAGGUCUUUGGAUGAAUAUUCCCGAAGAUCUCCCAGCUCACCAAAACGCACAAAACCAUGUGAAGAAGAAGGAACGCAAAGUCUGAAGGAGGACUCUACUGAUAAUGAAGCAGGAGGACAGAACUUUCUGGCCAUUCCGAGUCCCAGUCGACCCACCAGAAGAAGAGGUCCGAUUAUUCCUAGCCCUGUUGCCAAGGCACCGGCGGCUCAAUCGAGCUCCUCAAGCUUCUUCGCUGGACAGAGACGGAGGCUUGUGUCAGAUCAGGAGCAGCAUGAGGAAGACAGCUUCACCGGCUCCAAAGGCUCCUUAGCUGAGUCUUCCAUCCUGGAGCACUGCAGCUCUGAAUCCUCAAGUAGACUUGGUUCUUAUGAGGAUUUGCAUUACAGAGGACGAGGAGCUUCUCCUCGCUCCUUUCAAGAAGUUAAACCCAGAAGUUCAUUUCCUCAAGCACCUCCACGGAACCGCACCCGCUCCAACCCCAACCUCUCCAUCACCAGUGGAGGCCAAGUGGAAUCACAGAUGACUCCCAGUCCCAGCCUCUCCUCCCUCCAAAGCCCAGAGAGGCCUCCAAGGGCCCGGGACAAGAAAGAAAGCCAAGGCCUCCAGAGACACGCGUCGGCCCCAGCACUUGAAGUUCGACCUGUACCAGGAAAAUCCCCAAAGCUUGGACUGUUGAAUAUCUUCAGACGGCAAUCCUGGACUGGACACUCCUACUCCCAGCUGGAGAACUCAGAGCUAGGACCCACACUUGGAGAGAUCAUGAAGCCGGACACUCCUACCAUGUCGCUGAGGAAGAAGAUGAGAGCUUCGGCCUCCAGCCUGACCAAACUCUUCACCAGGUCGUCCAGUAAAGAGGACGUCGGUAAAACAGGGCCGAUCGUGAGAUCAACUUCCAGCCUUCCGGAGAUGGUGCGUGAUUCUGGUCCUGAGAUUCCUAAAAGGCGAAAAUCUAAACUUUUGUCCAUCAAGAUUCCUGCUUUCAAAAAGUCCAAAGAUCUUCCAGUUCGUCCCAACAAACCAGAAGUCCACCAGUUAGCUGGAGGUCGAGUCCUUCUGGUGUGGAAGCCUGUCAAAUCCAAGGAGGCCACAUACUGCGUGCAGUACUGCACUGAUGGUGGUGAGUGGAGCGUCCUGUCGGAGGAGGUGAUGGACAGCUGCUAUGUGGUGAGCGACUUGCCCAGGGGAGCCUCGUACGUCUUCAGGGUCAACUGCAUCACCAAGACGGUUGCAGGGCCGUUUAGUGAGGCCUCAGCUCCCGUUGUCAUGGCGACUCACCCAGAAGAAACUCACAUUCCUCUGAUUCAGACUGAGACGCUGGGGUCAAAGGCCACUGGGUCUGAACCUGUUGCUGCUCAGAGGAACUAUAAUUUCCUCUCUGAGAUCCACAGGGGUCGUUUCAGCAUCAUCACCAUGUGCCGAGACGCUGAGACCAGCCAAGUGUUUGCUGCCAAGAUCACUCCAUACCAGGCGGAGCAGAGGCAGCUGGUCCUGAGGGAGUAUCAGCUGCUGAAGAGGAUUCAUCAUCCUCAUAUUGUCCAGCUGCACGCUGCCUACAUUACCCCUGGCUACCUGGCGCUGGUGGAGGAGCUCUGCCCAGGCAAAGAGCUGCUGUACAGUCUGGCUGCGAGAGAUUUGUACUCGGAGAAUUACGUCGCCGACCUGCUGUCCCAAAUUCUGAGUGCAGUCGACUACCUGCACAGCCGCCGAAUCAUGCACCUGGACCUGAAGUCAGACAACAUGCUGGUGGACGAACGCAACCUGGUGAAGAUCGUCGAUUUCGGCUCGGCCCAGUCCUUCACCCCGGGUCAGCAGCUCACCAUCGAGCACAUCCACGGCCUUUCUGAGAGCAAAGACUGCCGCAGCAAAGUUUAUAUUGUCCUUCCUAAAGCUCCGGAGGUCCUGGAGGGUCAGGGAGUCGGACCUGAGACCGACAUUUGGGCCGUUGGACUUCUGCUGUUCAUCAUGUUGAGUGCUGACAAUCCGUUUCACUCGGAACUGAGCUGGGAGCAAGACAGAAACAUCAAGAAAGGGAAGAUCCAGUUCGGGCGAUGUUACCCGGGUCUGUCUGAAGGAGCCUUGAACUUGAUGAAGAGCUGCCUCAAUAACAAAUCCUGGGGGCGUCCGACAGCGGCCGAGUGCCUCCAGCACCAGUGGCUGAGAGCCCAACGCACCCCUCACAAGGCCCGCCAGUCUAAGGUGUGUUUCUCCACGGACAAGCUGAAGACUUACCUCAAACAGAAGGAGGAGAUGAGAGACCAGGUCCAAACCAAAGUGCAGGGCCCCUUCUUGCAGUGACAUGAGGAUUUUGUCUUCUGCUUUUGCUACUUUUUGCACUCGUUGGUGAUGACAUGUCCUUAUAUAGACGAGAACAUAACUGUGUCUUAAGGAGUGGUCGCCCUUUGUUUGACGGGCUGCUGUGCAAGCACUGCUUAUGAGGUGUUUUAACGCCAAAGAAAAGGUUUUUUGCUCCACUUGAACCUGAGUAUGUUUGAUUUAUAUCCAUUUUAAUUCAAAAGAAGCAUGCUAUAUGUACAAAUAGUAGAUAUUUGUUUUCUCUAUUGUAGUCAACUAGAGUUAUGUGUGUGUGUGUGUGA